CGGAUCUCGAAUGAUGCUUCUGCUUUGCCAUCUUUUCAUAAUGUGUUUGUCACGAUGAGUCUGCGAGCUUCCAGCCACCCGCAUGCCCCUGAGUUUAGUAGCGCGUUUCGCCGCCGCCCGUAUUUGCUGAUGCAUCAUCACAUACCAGGCACGUAACGGUCGCGAUUCGUCGCCUGGACACUGCAAGCGAUGGUGGCGUCUGCUCGGGUAAGAUAAUGUAGUAUUGACUGCGGGCUGCGUGACAGGCAGGAAAUGAUGUAUAACUUCAAGCCCAGUCCGUUGUAACAGCAGCACUGCAUCUCUCCAAGUCCAUCCUCAUCACACUUUCAAUAUGCGUCCUUCCACUUAUGCUGCGUUGUUCGCCGGUACUGCCAUUGCGCAAGGUAGUGCCAGUGCGCAAGAGUCUGCGACAAUCUUCAAUCUCUUCCAGUUCGAUAGCACCCUCACCGUGCUUGGUUCCGAUGCCAGCGCAACAACCUACCAGAACAGCUGUCCUUCAGACAGUGCGGGUAUCUCUGCAGUGCCGACCGAUAUGCUAAACACGGAUGACCCGUCUGCGCCUGAUUCGACUCCGAUACCUACACCCGCGCCUCGCAUGCGCCGUCAGGACGAUGCUUCCAGCGAUGAUUACUCCCUCUGCGAACCUUACACUAUCAUACAAGGUUCUGAGACAUAUGAGAUGCACCUCACAGACCCGAGUCCAGGCGCAUGGACUGUGGACAUCGCCUGCAGUUGGCAAGGUGCGAUGACAACAGCUGACCUAACCUGUGAUGCCACCAACCGCGGAAGCAUCCCAGGUCUCAGUACCACCGAGACGAAGAGUGUUUUGUCGGCGAGCGAGCUACAGGAUAUGGAAGCUUACCAGGUGGUGGCUUUGGUGACUGCAAGUGGUGCGUCUUCGUCGGGAUCAGCUUCAGCGACUCAGACUUCAGCAUCUACUGGCUCAGGAACAGGAGCGACAUCACCUUCAAGGUCUGGAUCUGGUACCGCUGCAACGAGCACUGGUCUUGCACCUGCUGGAUCAAUCCCAAAUGUGAUGGCCCUGGUCGGAGGUUCCAUUGGUGUUUUUGCUGCAGCCAUGGCUUUGUGAGCUUGUUGCAAUUAGUCUUUAGUAUGUUGAGCCGCAUUUAGGUGUACUUUUCGGUAGGUGAUGGCACCGUCGUGGUGUCUUUCGGGGUCCGAAUCAUCGUCAUUUUGAUUACGCGCUCUCAAUUUUCAUCGCUUCGUGUGUAUCACUCCAUGUCAAACUUUCAUUUUGUUUUCCUUUUAGUCAGGGUCUGUCCGUACUGGCGGAUCCAUGGUGAGUGUGGAAGCAGCAAUCCACAUCGCGCCUGCAC